GGAGCGGCGGCCCUGAGGAGCGCCAAGAUGGCGGCUGCGCGGUGGCUCGGCGCGGCUGCGGGGCUGGGCGGCCGGAUUUGUCACAUGAUGUUAAAAGGUCAUAACCUGACAACUCAACAGCCCUUCCACCAACUUGCAUGGAGGAAGCAGCUUCUUCCAUCUGUAGUCUUGCAUAAUACAGUAAGAUGCAUGUUUAUUCAAACUCAGGACACACCAAACCCAAACAGCCUGAAGUUUAUUCCCGGCAAAGAAGUGCUGGAGUCCAGGACUAUGGAGUUUUCCAGCCCAGCUGCAGCAUUUUGCUCACCUCUAGCAAGGCAGUUAUUCAGAAUUGAAGGAGUUAAAAGCAUUUUCUUUGGGCCAGACUUCAUCACCAUCACUAAGGAGAGUGAAGACCUGGAUUGGAACUUGCUGAAACCAGAUAUUUAUGCAACUAUAAUGGAUUUCUUUGCCUCGGGUUUACCUGUACUUACUGAAGAGGCACCUAGCACAGAUACAGCUCAGUCAGAAGAAGAUGAUGAAGUUGUAUUAAUGAUUAAAGAACUGCUGGAUACAAGAAUAAGGCCAACAGUGCAAGAAGACGGUGGUGAUGUUAUUUACAAAGGCUUUGAGGAUGGCAUUGUGCAGCUGAAGUUGCAGGGUUCAUGCACCAGCUGUCCCAGUUCCAUCAUCACCCUGAAGAACGGGAUACAGAACAUGCUCCAGUUCUACAUCCCUGAAGUGGAAGGUGUGGAACAGGUUGUUGAUGAUGAUGAUGAUGUGGAGAAGGAAGCAAAUUCUACGUGAGCUUACAUCAUCCAUGGCCAAAUCAGUAUUUAUUUCUUGUAUGUAAAUCAUUCUCGUUCUGUGGAACAACCAAAUCUGCCUUUCUCAUCAGAAAAAGUCUGACACUUCCCUCCUCCGUGUCAGCAGCGUAUUCACUAAUUUAUUAAAUGCUCUCUAUUCAAAAAAAGAA